GCGCGGCGGAGCGAGAUUCAGCCACGAGCGAAAAUGUGAAGGUGGAAUCCGACUGAGCAGCAUUGUUUCUGUGGAGGAAAAAAAAAAAAAAACACAGCCGACUUUCCCACGCAGCAGGAACAGGAGCGCUAUUUUGGAUUUUGUAAUUACUGGAGAUACCCUUGCUUUAUUUUUAUUUUCUUAUUCAUUUUUUUGUACCCUUCUUUCUGGCUCUGUCCACCUUGUCAGAAAUUAAACUGGAAGCGGUGUUGCGCAGAGUGAGGAGCAUCAUUUACGUUCACUAGAUGUUCAAUUUGUUUACAUUGCACAAUUUGGAGGGAGUGAACUGCCCCGUGAAGAUUUCCUCUCGCUUCAUGGGAUUAUUCUCGACGGAGACGCUUUGUUUGAAAUAAGAACAACAGUGGGCAUCAUGAGUUCCAGCGCUUAUCACCAAGGCUCUGCGGCAAGUGAACGAAGUUCUGGACUAAUCCGCUGCCAGCGAUGUCGGGAGGUAUGCAAAGGAGAGGUGGUACGAGUACAAGAAACCCACUUCCACGUGAAGUGUUUCACCUGCACCGUGUGUAACUGUGAUCUGGCACGAUCCGGCUUCUUCCAGAAGAAGGGCGAGUACAUCUGCACGGCGGACUAUCAGCGUCUGUACGGUACACGCUGCGACCGCUGCGACAGCUUCAUCACGGGAGAGGUGGUCUCCGCUCUGGGACGCACGUACCACCCCAAGUGCUUUGUCUGCAGUGUCUGCAGUAAACCCUUCCCCAUCGGAGACAGAGUGACGUUCAGCGGAAAGGACUGCGUGUGCCAGCAGUGCUCCCGCACACUCGUCAAGCCAAAUGAACCGAUCAAGAUCCACGGGCCCAGCCACUGUGCUGGGUGUAGAGCCGAGAUCAAGCAGGGUCAGUCCCUCCUGGCUUUGGAGAAGCAGUGGCACGUCAGCUGCUUCAGAUGUCGGACCUGCAACAUGGUCCUCACGGGAGAGUACAUCAGCAAGGAUGGAGUGCCAUACUGUGAGGCAGAUUACCACGCCCAGUACGGGGUGAAAUGUGAGACCUGCAGCAGAUACAUCAGUGGAAGGGUUCUGGAGGCGGGAGGGAAACACUACCAUCCGACCUGUGCUCGAUGCUCCCGCUGUAACACGAUGUUCAAAGAGGGAGAGGAAAUGUACCUGACAGGAUGUGAGGUGUGGCACCCAUUAUGCAAGCAGGCAGCGAGGGCAGAGAGGAGACUCAGGCAUAGACGUCUGUCGGAGGCCUCCAUCUCUCCACCGGGCUCCUCCAUAGGCUCUCCCAGUAGGGUUAUAUGCGCCAGAGUGAAGACUCAGUUCCUAGAUUAUAAGGACCUAGCUGCCCUGCCAAAGGUCAAGGCCAUAUACGAGGUCCAACAGCCAAACCUCAUAUCCUCCUCAUACCAGCCGUACCACAGAUACACCUCUGAUGACAGGCUAGAAACUUACAGCUAUGGGGAGUCACUCGGGACACUCUCUCCCUAUUCUCAGGACUACGACAGCCUGGAUAUAAAGCAGAGGCGGUGCUCCAGUCCAGGUUAUAUUGACUCGCCGACGUACAGUCGUCAAGGCAUGUCACCCAUCAUGCCUCGCUCUCCGCAGCACUAUGCCUACCCUGGCUCUGAGAGUGGCAGGAGUUCACCUUGUUACGGCCAAGAGGGGCGGUCAAGCACACCCACCACAAACCAGCCCCCUAAACAUUUUCAUGUACCAGCCACAGGGGACCCCAACAUCUACAAGAAGCCUCCCAUCUAUACGAGAACGGACAAUCAUGUGGACGCAGCCACCAAAAGCAGGACCAGCGAGGACAUCCUCAGAUCCUCCAGACUGUCCACCUACUCUCCGGAGCCAUACACGCAGUCAGAGUCUGACUACUACCCUUACACCAGCUCCCCCAGGGCCUAUCGGGUGCCGAGAAGACGCUUCUCGACGGGAGGAGAUGAAGAGACUUGGAGUCACAGUCUUCAAAGAAUCGGGAGUGGCAUCGGGAGGUUGAUCCUAAAGGAGGAGAUGAAAGCAAGAUCUGGUUCCUAUGACAACGACCCCUGGGGCAGUGCGAGGAAUUCUCGUAGUGGGAGCAAGGAAACACUCAACACUACAGGCUACGGCACCACGGCAUACAACAACACUGUCAACGGGUCUCCAAGAUCUCAGUGCAGCGCUGAUAGUGAUUUUGUUUGCAAGUCCGCCUCGCUACCAGGAUACGGACGCAACGGCAUCCAGAGGCCUCAGAGUGCUGAUUGCUACCAGUACCAGUAUGACAGUGGCAGCGAGGUCAAUUGGGGAAGCAGAGCAGAAUACAAGAUUUACCCCUAUGAGGCGCUCAUUGUCACCACUAGGGGCCGCAACAGGCUGCCCAAAGAUGCAGACAGAGCCAGGCUGGAGCGUCACUUGUCCCCAGAGGAGUUCCUGCAAGUGUUUGGCAUGACUGUGGAGGAUUUUGACCGGCUGGCUCUGUGGAAGAGGAACGAGAUGAAGAAACAGGCCCGACUGUUUUAACAAGUUAUGGACGUCCGUUGAACGCUGCCAUAACCAGAGCGAGAGACUUCGCGGACUGUCGGAGGUGAAGAAAGAGAUAUUAAGACUUCUGCUCAGUUUCACUGCCAUCGCUGAGAACCUGUUCUAGAUCUCCUCGUAUGACCAACCAAACUCUGGUCCCGCCAGAGAUACAGAGGGGAGGCCACAGAGACAUCAUGCACAGAUGGACUGAUAAACUGUUACAUGGCUGUCAGUGCAACUGUGGCAGUUUGCUGGAGUGAUGUGUAAGCAAUAGAGAGUGUAGUACAUUAGUGAUGUGCUUUUAUUAAGCCUGAAGGGACAGGGGGAAGGCAUCACUGUGCCGCCGCUAUAAGGCCACAUGUGUGGGAUGUCUGUGACCAGAGCCGCAGUACUAAAACAUAAAGAGGAGAAUUUCGGCUUUGCCUUAUUUGUUAUGCUCUCUUAGUUAUGAGUGUGCAGCACCAGCAAUCUUAAUGAGUAGAAUGUAGAUACUGUAUAUCGUUCAUGACACUUUAUCAGUGAGAAUGAUUAGAUGAGAAGAAGGAGUGAGUGAGCAUACAGCAUCACUUUGCUUUGGUUUAUAAGGAUGCAUUUUGUUUACCUGUUCUCUGUUUUGGCUCUGUCACCUGAAAUACUGUGUCCCUCUGGUUUACACUCGUAUAGAAUGAAACAUGUAACAAUCGGAGGUGGGCACAACUUCUUUUUUUUUUUUUCAAUUGUAUGCGUGACCCGCGUUGAUUUGUGUGCAAAUUAAAACCAAAGUGAGAAUGCAGAUAUACAGGUUAGCAGAUCACUUCCAUGUAAUGUUCCGGUUAAAUAGUUAAAGGUCACCAGUAGAUGCAGUUCACUGUGCAGCUGUAUCGUUACCUAAAAUAAUGUGCAAUUCAGUAGAUUGAAUAGAUAAAGGAAACACAGAUUCAGUCCUCCUGCUCCAUGUUUUCCAGCUCAUUGCAAUAGAAUGAUGACUAAAUGUUUUGGGAUGAGCACUAGUCAUCCAUACAUUUACACUCACAAUUAUUGAUACUCUUUAAGAAUGAUAAUCCAAUAAUUUUGUAGCUACAGAGAUUAUAUUCACUCACAAUGAAACACUCUGCAAGGUAUUUCACAUACUGACAAAGAGCCAGGGUUGUUGAAGACUUUACUUCCUUUGAAUACUGUUAAUUUUGUCACUAAAAAUUAAACUUGAAACUAA